UACAUGUACAUGUAGCUAGAAAGAAAUCAAAUUUUAAUGUGACAUUAAUUUGACUGUUAAUAACCAGGAUGAGAUUAACAGAUUGAUACACAUUUAGCCCGGUUUUCAUUCCUAUAAAACCUUAUCAUGUUUUCUUAUCACUUGACAUAAUUUAUGAUUAUCAGUUAUAAUAGAAAAGAAUUAAAUAUUGACAUGUACAAUUUGCUAAGACAUUAAUUUGAUGUUAAAAUACACACACUGCCUCAACCACAAAUGUUAUUGUAUGCUUCUCCUUUUCUGUUAGUUUUCUCUAUACAAUAUGUAACCCUCUCCCUCUCUCUCCCCCUCCUCCUCCUACAGGUGUAUAAAGUGUCUCAUAUGUACAUGCCCAAUAGUUCAAUGAAGCUCUCCUCAUCAGUGGCUGGCCCGGUGACUCAGUUAGUGUUAAUGAAUGGACGUAUACUGACAACCAGUGGAGCUACACUAUCAGUAGUUGAUACUAGUAAUGGAGACACUGUAGAGUCAUUCACUGACCAUAAAGACACCAUCACUGAUAUAUAUGCUGAUAGUUAUCGUGUACUAACAUGUUCCAAGGAUUACUCCAUCAGAGUGUACAGGUGGUCCAAUAAUACAUUGAUCAGUUUAUAUCAGCUACUGGGAGGUUCAGUGGCUCACAAGACACAUGAUGGGUUCCAUAAGGUGUUAUGUUCCUCUGGUACUUGUAUUGGUGUGGCUGGUAAUAUCAUUAAAUUGUAUAAUUUCAAUGAAAACAUUAAGAGUUCAUAACUUGGGCAUGUUCGUGAGUGAGA